AUGGGCAACUCCUCGAGGAAGGAAGAGGGAGAAGAAGAAGAGGAGGGGGCGAGGGAUGGCGAAGAGGCCGAAAUCACAGAGAAGAAGAAGAAGAAGGGAGAGGCGGUGGAGGUGGAGGCAGAGCUUCCACUGGGGGUGGAGGAGUUGUUCGAGAGUGGGGAUCCCGUGCUGGACUUGAGCUACCGUAGAUUUAAGCGGUUGCCGUCGCGCGUCAGUGGACUGUUGCAUCUGGAGAAGCUGUAUGUUUGUGGGAACAGCUUGCGCACUCUACCGGACAGCAUCUCCCAGCUGCAAGGUUUGCGUAUCCUUGCCCUUGACUUCAACAAGAUGGAGGAUGUUCCCGCGGCCGUCUGCCAGCUCACUAACCUCACUCGCCUCUAUCUGGGCAGCAACCGGCUCAUGACCCUCCCGCCUGAGCUGAGAAACCUGCAAAGUCUGCGCUGCCUGUGGGUGGAGAGCAACUACUUCCACAGUUUUCCACAGGAGCUCUACGACCUGCCCCAUCUCAAGACCCUUCAGAUUGGAGACAACCGGCUGAAGACGCUGCCUUCUGACCUCUGCCGUAUGGAGGCUUUGAGGGGAUUAUGGCUCUAUGGGAACCGCUUUGAUACCUUCCCCAAAGUCUUGCUGCGCAUGGAGAGUUUGGAGAUUUUAGAUCUGGACCGCAACAAGAUAUCAGAUUUUCCCAGCCUGAAGCGUCUCCACGCCCUGCGGCUCUUCUCCUACGACCACAACCCAGUGGACAGCCCUCCUAGAGUGGGCGAGGAGGUGCUCGUGGUUGGGGAGGGCGCUGUGGAGUUCUUGGAGGAGCGCGAGGCCAAGAACGAAAGACUACGACAGGCCGCAGAGCAAGAGGCCGAAGAGUUGGCUCUGGCAGGAGAGGAGCCGGUGAUUCACGGCAUCCUGAAGAACAGCAGCUCCAACUCGAAACAAGCUGCGGUGACUAUGGAGGACGCAGACACUAAAGACGAAGAGGCCCUGGCGUAUGAGGAGGAGGAGGAUAUGGAGCUGCCCGUCACCGAGUACGACGGCGCUGAGCUUGAAUAUGACGAGGAGGGCGUCGAAUAUGAGACGGAGGAGCUGAUAUGUGAGGGAGAGGGGUUUGAGUAUGAGGGGGACGAGUUGGAGUACGACCGGGCUCAGAUGGACUAUGAGUAUGAGGAGCUGGAGGACUCAGGGAGACAAGACGAAGGGGCAUGA